CAUGUCCAGAUAUUACGUCAAAAAGAUCAAGCUCUUCCAGACAUUAUUGUGGAAGGUUUAGCUGAAUCACUUCUAGAUUUGGCAACUAGUGAUCACCCAGAUAUACUGCAGAGGCAGGAAAUUCUAGCCUCUUUAAACCUGUGUUGUGCAGAGUCAAGCCGAGACAUACGAUUUGCACUACGGCAUCACCUUGAUUGCUAUUUCAUCAAGCUUUCUGCCCUCUUGGCCACCUGUGGCCAUCAUCCUACCCAGUACAGCAUGCUGGAGACACUACUCCGCUGGCUGCUACCUCGACAGAACAUGUCUGUCAAGCAAUCGGCAGCCGCCAAAUGGUUCCCAGAGCAUACAUAUCAGAGGAGCACUGUGGAUUUGUUUUUGAAGAGACCAUGGCAGAACUUUUUUCAGGACGCUAGAGAUUUUCUGAACUGUCACAACGCGAGCAGGGACCUGGUUACGUCAGUUAUCUGUCGUAAACUCACUGUGGGUGAUUUGAUGAUAGUUUCCAGGAAUAACAAGCGCGAUUCGUGGCUGGACUUGAAUACAGCCAGCAAAAGCAUAUCAAUUCUCAUGGACGUACGGAUGAUGGAGGUUCUUGGGCGACCCGAGCAGCCCGCCUGUGAAACAUUGCUAAUUUCCAAGGAUAAAGUAGAAUCAGUUAUCCUUUACAGGGACACAACGGACGUGACGAUAUCAAUAAGAAUGUUAACCUGUCCAUCUGUACACCCAUCCUCGGUGGACAUAGAGGGCCGGGACGUGAAGAUUGUGGUCAGCUCCAACAGCGAUCUAAACAGGUUGAAUACAGCUCUACAACGCGUGUUCGCUGAAAAAUAUCGGGUGUCGUUGGACCUAACUGCAAUGCAGCCAGCUUCACCACAACCUCAACUUGACACAUCUGCAGAAAUCGCCAGCGGUUUGGAGGAAGUUACGAGACUAUCACAUCCUGUGCGGGUCACAAGGCGUAAACAAUCAGGCGUCAUUGUUAGACCCAGGGCGCCGGUGUCACUGAAGUCACCGUCAACUGUAUCUACAACGUCGCUUUUACAGCUACGAGAAAAACUAUCUAAUUUGCCUACCUAUAGAUAUGAAAAGGAGACAGCAAAAGUAUGCGCUUUUCCUGAACUGUCCAGUGUUAGUGAAUUAACUGAAGUUGACGAUAGAGAAAGUAUCUUCAGCAAUAUCACGUACAAACGACGUCAUUGUGGUCAAAACAAUUUUCGAAAUUUUGAAAAAAACUCUCAAAGUGACGGCGAGAAAUAUAAUUCUAGAAAAUGUUUAUCUCCUGUGACAGAUGAAGAGCAUUCCAAUAGUUGCCUAUUAGUAGCUACAGUAGGGUCUGAUGAGGGUAUCAUCAAUGACACGGUAGAACGCUUGUCAAAAAGUAAAGAUUACAAAAAUGAUAAUAUAGUAGAUUUACUUGUUCAAGAAGCUUUGCAAACUAUAGAGACCGUAGUUCAAGACAGUGGUUUAUAUAGCAACGACAAUAGAAAAACACAAGAUGUACAAAAACAAACUAAUGCCGAAGCAAUGGAAAAAAAUUCUGAAUUAGCAAAAAAUGUAUCAGUACUUCAAACAAAUAAUGAUACAAAAGUGGUUAUACAAUCGCACACUGAUGAUUCAAAUGAAAUACAAGAGACUCCAUUGAAUUACGUAAACAUAAGAAGAAAGAAGACAAUGAAUGAUGAUCAUAACAGAAAAGAGCAUGUUGAAGAUGUUGUAAAUAAAAAUAAAAUGCCAGUAUUUGAUGAAGAAAUAGUUGAAAAGUUCUUUGCGCAACAUAUAGAAGAUAGAGGUGGAAAUAUUGUGGUAAGUCCCACUCUGGCUAGAAAAAUCAAUGAAACUAGUUCAGAAGGUAGCAAUGAACAAUUGGAGACAUUUCUUACUUUUCAUGAUGAUUAUAUGAAUGCUGGUACAGUUUAUGAUAUGGAAAUAAUUGAGUGUUUAAAUAACAUUGUGGAUAAAGUCUGUAGUGAUUUGGAUAAGUGUGAGGAACUUUUGAAUCGAGAUAUUUCGGGCGCUGAUGUAAUUAGAACAAAGAAUCUUAAAUCUGACUCCGAAGAAAAUAUUCCGUUAGGUGAUCUAAGUAAUAUUGAGAAAAAAACCAGAGCGACACCAAAGAAAAAAGGAUCUAAGACGAAGACAAGUAUUAAACUUACAUUUAACACUAAAAAGGAUAAAUUAACCAAAACACGUGCAAAGAAACAGAAGGAUAGACUAGAUAUAAAAUCUAUUAAAAAAAUGUCUCCUAUUCCUGAAAUAAAUCUUACUACAGAAGCAGAAGUAGCGAAGAAAGUAACAAAUAAUGCAAAUACUGAUAUUGGAACAGUAUUGUCUCCAGUUAGAACUAGCGAGUUUGAUUUGCCAUUGAUACAUAGAAAACGCAAGCUAUAUUCUCCUAAAGAAGGAGAGAUAGAAUUAAGAAAACAGAUAAGUGAAAUAGAACCGCCAUUAAUCCACGCUUCUGAAUCUAAAGAUUCAAAAAAUAUAAACAUUAAAACUAAAGGUUACGACUUUUUAUCUACUUGUUAUAAGGAAAUAGAGAAGGAGCGAAAUAAGAACGUUCGACAAACAUGUUUGCGGAAAACUAGAUCUAAGAAAAUAAGGACGCCUUCUCCUAAAACACAAAAAAUGAAUGAACUUUUUGAUAAACUAAAAAAAGAUGUAAAUAACCAAGAUGUAAUAUUAGCAGAUAAGAAAACUAUUGAUAAAGAUUUGGCAAUAUAUAAUUUUACGAGUGAUAGCGAAGAUGAGAAUUUUAUGAAGAAAAAAAUUGAUAUCAAAAAACGUGUUAGUUCAACUACAAUCGGAAGUGACUCUACUGUAUCUCGCUAUGGACGAUUAAAGAACGUAGUAAAUAGUAAUAAAAAUACAUCUUCGGAUGUAAUUGUGAAACCUAAGAAACAAGGAAAAAAAGUUGUUAGGCGCAAAAAAACAAAGUCUAGAAAAGCUUACAAUUUGGUUGAUGAAAGAAUGAGAGAAGCUCCCGCUGAAGUUCUCAACACGUCAUUUGUGGUCGAAAAACCUGUUAUAGUUAAUAAAGAACCAGAAUUACUAUUGGAAGUUGCACCUGAAAUGGAAGUUAUAACCGAAAAUGAAAAUAAAUCCAAUAAAAUUUUACCACAAAGAAAGGCAAAGAAAACCACAAAACUUGAUAUGUCCUUAAAAAAGAAAAAAUCUGCAAUAAAACCUAACAUGGAAGUAAUUACUAGUGAUGAUAGAACUACCAGUCCACUGCCUGGUUUGGUAGUUGAAACAGUAACAUAUGAUAAGGGCGACGCUGAUGAUUCGGUAAGUACACAAAUGAUUGCGAAAUUCAAGAAAAUAUAUCAAGAAGGUCCAGAAUGCCCUUAUGAAACAAAUACAACACAAAAUUUGUUAGAUGCAGAAAAUGUAAAUUACAGCUCUCAACAUUUAAAUAUCACCGAUGAUUUAAAUGAGAUUGACUAUACCGAUAUGAUUUCUAAUACGAAGAAAAUGAAAGUGAUAAUAGAGCCAAUUAAUACAAAUAGUGAAAAUAAAAACAAAUCAAAGGAAAAUACGGAAAUAGCUGAACAGUCGAAUCAAAUUGUUCAAGUAGAAAUCCACAAAGAAAUUACAAAUUCUAAAGUUAAAGAUAAGAAAACCAUUAAUUCAAGUAUCCAGUUAAUCGGAGGCGAAAUUGAUAAAGACAGUAAUACACAAAAAUUAAAACCCAAAUCUAGAAAAAGCAAAACAUCAGAAUACAUUCAAUAUAUAGAAAUAAUGAGUAAUACAGACGCAAAAUCAGAGAAGUCCAUAGCUACAGUAGGAAACUAUCCCAUUACAGGACACGGGGACUCUGAUGAAGCUCCUCCUGAUUCAGGAGAAUUAGCACAAAAAGUAGACUCUAGAAAUUUAGAACUAGAAGACUUAGACCAGUCCAUGAAAGAUUAUUAUCUUAAACUACGUAAUGAAAUAUUUAAACCCCUUAACAUUGGUUCUAGACGAUCCUCUAAGUCAAAAGGUGCACAAAAUUUAGACCUAAUUGAUAAUGACGAUAAGUCAGAAACUAUUAAAUCUCCAGUGGUUUCAUUGAAACGAUUACAAUAUGAUGAUAUUAGUAAAUGGUUGCCGUCAAGAAGAAAUUCUUCGGAAACUUCCAUUUCAACAUAUAAAGUCCCGUCUCCCGUUAAAAAAAUGCCACCAAUAAAACCAAUAGUGUCUCAAUUUAUGCCUUCCAACAACACUAGCUUUUCUAGUGGUACAGACAAACAAAUCGAAAUUAAUAUGGAUAUAAAUCCAAAACAAAUGAUAAAUAUUAGAAAUACUGAUAAUUUUAAAGAAAAACCAACAAAAAUUAAUUUAAAUGAGUCACUUUCCCCUAUGGAAAGUAAUAAAGCUACUACGCAAACUAAUCGCAGAUCUGUUAUAUCACCCAUAAAACUGUUUGACGAAUGGGCAUUAAAAAAUGAUAAAUCGAUCCCAAAAUUAAAUGAAAAAACAAAAAUUGUAUCUGUCGAUGUACACAAUGUGCUGUCCUCACCUGAGAUUCAAGUUUGUGAUAAAUCUAGAUCAGAUUCAUCAAUAGAAUCUAGAAGGCACACAUUGAGCAAGGUCACACGUCGUGUUAAUAAACCUCAUUCAAUUAUUACGAGUGUAGACUCUAAAAUUAGUUCACCAACAAGAGUGGAAACUAGAAGUGGCUUAAAAAGAAAGCCGGGCAGUUCAGUCAGCGAUAUUUCCAAAAAAAGAAGAAUGGAUACAGCUGAGUUGUCCCAAAGCACGACUGUUUCGAGCGUCGAUGAUUGGCUUAGAAAAAAUGCUCUUAGUACAGCUGGAAGUAUAACUCUAUCGUGUAGAGAUAGCAUUCAGAAUGUAAUGGAAAAGCUCGACACAACGUUGCAAGAGAUACAUCAGAACACAAGCAAAAAGUUCGUACAUAUGUUCGUCGAUGCCCAAAAACAACUGUGCGAGCAGAAAGCGGAAAGACGCGAGCUUUACAAGCAAGUUUCGUCCGAUAUAGUGGCUGAGGUGGUUAGAAUCAUGGAUGCCAAGAUUGCUGACUUAGAGAAAAGGUCGCAAGAAAUGGACAACAUAUUCAUAAAUCAACUGAAACAGAGAGCCACCGACUUGAUUCGUGAAGACUGUAAACAGAAGCAAACUAUGGUCGUACUGUUGAGGGAGGACUUGCAAGCCCUUAUGAAUCAAAUGAAAAAGUAAACAAUGUUUAUAUAUUGGCAUUUCGCUAUUGUGUUGUUUAAUUGAAGCCAAAAAUAUUUUAGUAAAAAUAAUUGUUCGGUUUUUAUAAUAUUCGUCUAAAGUCGAAGCCAAAGAUCCAAAUAUCAGGCAUUUUAAAGCACUGGAGCGGUUACGAUAUAAUUUCAGCGUGUAAAUUUAUAGGCGACUACGUUAAGCUGAAUGCGCGCGAAGUCAAGUAGGCACGUUUUGCUGAAUGCACGCGUAGUCGACUACGUUUAGCUGAAUACUUACGUUUUCAACUACGUUUCGCUAAGUACGCGCGUAGUCAACUAUGUUUUGUUAAAUGUACGCGUAGCUGACUGUAUAUCACUGAAUGCGCACGAAGCCGACUGCGUUUAUCACGUUUUCAACUACAUUUCGCUGAAUGCGCAAGUAGUCAACUACGUUUAGCUGAAUGUACUCGUAGUCGAUAUGUGGUCGAAACGCGGUAAUUCAAAAUGAUAGGCAGUUGAAUAGCAAGUUGAAAGUUCAUACAAUGAUGAAUUUAAAAUUACUGUGACGUCAAUGUCGUCUGUUCUAAAAUCUGAAAUCUGUUCUAAUUCUUGUUGACUUGUACAGCUUAAUAUAAAGUAGAUCUUACAUAAAGCUAGGGCCUUACCAAUUGUUAAGAUAGAUUGAAUGUUGAACAUUUAUCAUUAUUUUUUGGCAUCCAUCCGUUUGGAUUCGGCUUUUGGCUUAAUUUGGUCAAUGACAAUUUGAAACUCUGAUAGUGUUAUUUGGCUGAACUGUCGGUCAGCCGUUUAUUUUAACUUUUCUUAUCAAAGACAUUUAAAAUUUAAGUAUAUUUUUAAUAAUAAUUUUAAGUAGAUAGGUAUUAUAGUAAACGAGAAAAAACUACUGUGUCAUUAAUAUGUGAGUACCCAAAGUAAGUUACAAAUAAUUAUCAGACUAAAUAAUUUAAUUGUAAGAGUGUAACAGGCUGCGUUGCUAGUGGUGAUUUAUUUUAUCCACUUGAUGGUAAAAGGCAAUUAUAAUUUCGUAAAACUGUCACCUGCCAAACAGUUAUCUAUUUCUAGUUGCAAUGUAGGCGUUAUAUUCAAUUUCAUCAAUUCAUAAUUAGGAAUGCAAAUGUUUGAGGGAAGCAUAGUAUUAUAUCUAUUAAUAAAGUUAUUCAUGUCUAUGGACUAACUUUUGCCAUAGAUUUUUUAAUUUUUUUGGAAAAAUUCAAAUUGGCUGUCAAAGUAGGCAUUAUCUUUAGCAUCUUUGAAAUUAUUUUCCAGAGAUCUGGUUCUUUAUAAAAGACUUCUAAAAAGAUUCACUUCUAAGUUGAGCUUGUGCCCGCGCCCAGAAGUGGGCAAGACCCAACCAGCUUCCCCUAUGUCUCUAUGGUUACAGUUUUAUCGCUUCUUAUUAAUAAAUGAAGAUUCUUCACGUAUCUAGUUGAUGACACGGAACCGUUUUUCUCGUCUGAAACAUUAUGUAUAGUAUAAUACAUAUAAUUUUAAUUCUGUUAUCAAUUACUGUUAUAUUCAGCGUAAUGUUCUAUAAUUUUUGGUUGAGAUGGUAAUUAGCAAAUUAAUUUUAAUUUGUAAAAAAUGGGUUAUAUUGAAUAAGAGUAUAAUUGUUUUAUUAAAGUUAUUUUUUAAUAUA